AGAUGUGCGUUUGGUUCCUUUUCCAUUCAUGGUCCUUUGUGGCUUCUUGUCUUUGUUGACCUGGGCUGGAAGGGUUAAAUAUUCAGCGAGAUGUAGUCCCUCCCUGCUCGGCUAGUCUCUUGGAGCUCUGUGCAUUUGCUGUUUUGCCCUCAUCAUGGCUGCAUGGCUGUUGAGGAGACUUGUGACUAGAAAUGACAGCUGGCUGCUGCAUUGCCCUAUUUCCCAGACCCCAGUCUGCUCCAGAGGGGUGUCAAGGGCCUCUCCUGCCUCGGGGGCCCUCUCCACCAUGCAGGACAAGCCUCGGACAGCGGAGGAUCUCCCACGUGUCAGCUUCUUGGAGCUUCUUUACAGAUUGGUGUUUCAGGGUUUCUACAACCGUUUGCAUGAGCUUCAGCUCUAUGAGAAGCAGCUAUAUGGGCCCAUUUACAGAGAUGGAAUCGGGUCAGUAUGCUUGAACACCCCGGAGCUUGUGGAAGAGAUCCUGAGGAAAGACGACAAAUUCCCUUGCAGAGGAGACAUGGGCGUAUGGAGAGAAUAUCGUGACAUGAGAGGAUUCGGCUACGGACCUUUCACAGACUAAAAAGUUGAUUGACAAGAAGAUGGAGCUGAUUGAGCAGCGCGUGAACAACCACCAGGAUGUGGAGGGUGAAUACCUGACAUACCUCCUCUCAAACACACAGAUGAGCAUUAAAGACGUGUAUGGCAGCGUCACUGAGCUUCUCUUAGCUGGAGUGGACACGGUAAAUGA